AAGCUAGGUGUGCGGACAUGGCACUUGAGAAGGGUUGGGGUUGGGGCUGCGGGACUCUCCGUUUGGGUCUUGCGGGAGAAGAUUCAGACUCUGGGUUCGGGCGCGCGAUGGGGACGGGUUGUCCCGGGGGGAGGGUGUGGUGGUGGUGGAGGGGGAAGAGCUAGACGGGGGUAG